CCAGCACGAUAACAAGCAACACGUUCACACUGGGAUAGAGCCUUUUCUAUUCCCAAAGAGGGAAUCCCCGCGGUGUAUGUUAAGGCUUUGUUCGUCUUCAGAGCCAAUGUCUACAGAUUUCUGCUCAACUUGAAUGAGUCGACGGCUCGGAACUCUGACAUUCGAUGCCACUUGUGGAUCCCUGGAGCACCGAUGGAACUCUCUUGUGAUCAUCUCCCUGAGGCGGUCUCCAAUGCCGGGGACAUGGAUCCCGAAGCGAGGAGCGGUCCCCAGCACCCGGGAUAUACGUUCUUCAGGCAAAUAGGCUCCCCGAAAUAUAUAGUCGCUCCAAUGGUGGAUGCCAGUGAGCUGGCAUGGCGUUUACUAUCGCGACAACACUCCGCACAACUGUGUUACACUCCCAUGUACCAUGCGAAAUGUUUCGUGAACAGUGAGGGGUAUCGCAAGACUUUUGCAACCUGUGCAGAAGACCGACCGCUCAUCGUGCAGUUCUGCGCAAACGAUCCUGAGGUAUUCAGCCAGGCUUGUGGAUUAGUUGCGGACAGAUGUGACGCCGUGGACUUGAAUCUCGGCUGCCCACAAGCCAUCGCAAGCGCCGGACAUUUCGGGGCUUUCCUGCAGGAUGAGUGGGAGCUCAUAACCUCCAUGAUCUCUCGGGCGCGUCGGGAUCAUCCCAACCUCCCGAUUACUGCUAAGAUCCGCGUUUUCAAAGAUAUCAGGAAGACCGUCGAAUACGCCAAGAUUUUGGUGGAGGCCGGAGUCUCGAUUCUCACUGUUCACGGGAGAACGCGUGAUAUGAAAGGUCGACUGACCGGCGUCGCCAGCUGGGACCAUAUAAAAGCAGUGAAAGAGAGUGUACCGGUACCAAUUUUCGCAAAUGGCAAUAUCCGCUACUUCGAAGACAUUCAGAAAUGUCUCCAAGAAACCGGAGCCGACGGUGUGAUGACCGCGGAAGGAAAUCUGUACAAUCCCUCUCUCUUCACUGGUCGGAACCCCCCGGUUGUCGAUGUGGCGCAGGAAUACCUCGACCUCGUCAUCAAGAAUCCUUGCCCCGUAUCCUAUAUCAGAGGUCACCUCUUCAAGCUGUUCCAUGAGGCAAUUCACCUGGCCGAGAAUCGUGACGUCCGAGAGAGACUCGCGAGCGCCAAGAGCAUCGAUGACUUCCUCACGGUAAAUAAGGAUAUGCGAGAACGCCUGAAAAAAGCUUCGAGCGCCCGCCGGCCGUUCACCGCGUGGGAGCUCAAGUGUGGCGUGAAACCCAUACCCAUCUACAGAUGUCAACCGUAUUUGAGACCGGACCCGGAAGAAUCCAGUGACGAUCAGGCUCAACGGAAGGGUCCUAGCAAAACUAUCGACCAAAUGAUCGACCUCGUGCAAGACCUUGAGCGACCCGCCGAUGUUGACUUGAAAGCGCUUUCGAAAAACAAGUUGAAGAAGCUCAUGCGAUAUCCGCGCCGGAGCGUCGCCAUUCUCAGUGAGAGGACAGUUUUCUCUUUGUGUAAAGGCGAAAACUGUAAAAACCCAAAGGGUAUCAAGUGUACGUUCGCUAUGUGUAGAGCUUGCUGCAGAUCGUAUGCCCGACUCGAGCGCCUCACCUGUGAGACUCAUCACGCUUUUUUCGCGGAAUCGCGCAACACUGGUGUAGCUCUUCCUCGGGAAACUCAAGCGUAGCCGGAACCCUCUGUUGUUUUGCUCUCUCGAUGAUGAGUGAUGAGGACUCUCAGAUGAUUGUGUCCUUUGCCUGUGAUCUGUGACCCUCGAGUCACAAUAGGUAGCCGAGCCGGGAACCCAAGUCAGUGCGAAUAAAGAGUCGCCGAGGUCUCUCGGAUCUGGAGGUUCGGGCCUUGUCCGUGGUCGACGGUAGUGGGACCUAAGUUCUGGAGCAACUUCGAGAAAAUUGCAGGGGGGUGCCGAUCGAUACCGCAUGUUCCCCGGGAUAUCGUGUCAUUCUCAGCAUAUAGACGUGAUCGCAAUGCCAUCAAUUUCUAUCAGAAGGGGACUGAAUGUCGCGAAGCGAGUGAUUCUCCGCUCCUCUCGGAGUGUCUUCACGGGUAGUGCCGGAGAACAUCCCGAUAUCCCGGACGCUCUCGACCCCCAAUUGGACAC